AUGAGAAAGGUUCCACAUCACGGGUUGCCCAAGUGGCAACAGUGUCAGAUCUUCUACCAUGGUUUGGACAGUCAGGGACAGAUGAUGGUUGAUACCUACUCGGGUGGUGAUAUCGGCACGAAAAAUGCCACCGAGGCAUUUGAGAUUCUUGAAAAGUGUGCCGCGAAAAACCGGUCGCAACAGCCCCCGAGGGGAAAGAGUUCUCGGCAGGGAGUUCAUCAUGUGGCCGACUACACAGCCAUGACAGCACGUAUGGAUGCCUUAUCUUCGAAAUUUGAUCGAGUGAUGGAAAUGCACUCGAGAGGUUCUUCGAGUGGGGGAGCAUAUCAGGUAGGUGAUUUUCUGACGGGAGAGAUGUCACACGAGCAUGUUGAUUUCAUGGGAAACCAAUACCGUCCUCAAAACAAUCCCUACAGCAAUACUUAUAAUCCGGGGUGGAAGAAUCAUCCAAACUUUAGUUGGAAGCCCGAUGCUUCUAACCAGCAUCCACCCGGAUUUGCUCCACGUCCCACAGCUCCAGCUCAUGGAGCAUAUGGUCCACCUCGACCUCAGCAGGAACCUUCCUCUAGCGAUUCUAGGGGCCUUCCGAGCAACAUAGAGCCAAAUCCAGAUGCUACUGCAAAGGCCAUCACGUUGAGAAGCGGCAAGACCGCUCAAGCCAUCCCUCCGGCUGUUUCAGAAAAACUAGUCGAUGAUGAUGAGGUUGAUGAGGAGAUCGAGGCUGAGUCUCCGGGUGAGGUGCAACAGAGGCGAGUCCCAGCAAGUACCGCACGACCCAAGGAGCCAGUGAGAGAGUAUGUCCCUCCCAUUCCAUAUUCAGGGAGAUUGAAGAAGCAGAAAAUGGAAGAACACUAUGGUAAAUUCCUCGAGCUUUUUAAGCAACUUCAUAUAAAUUUACCAUUUGUCGAGGCACUUGCUCAAAUGCCUAAGUAUGCCAAGUUUCUAAAAGAUAUCCUAUCCAACAAAAAGAAACUUGAGGAGCUUUCGCAGGUGACCUUGAAUGAAGAGUGUUCAGCGGUUCUUCAGAACAAACUACUGAAGAAGAUGAAUGAUCUUGGGAGUUUCACUAUCCCGUGUUUGAUCGGUAGUUUGUCGGUCAGCAAUGCAUUGGCUGAUCUUGGAGCUAGCAUAAACCUCAUGCCAUAUGCGGUUUUUGCUAAGCUAGACUUGGGAGAGCCCAAGCCGACUCGUAUGAGCAUUCAGCUAGCCGACCGUUCAGUGAAGUACCCUCGAGGCAUAAUUGAGAAUAUGCUGGUGAAAAUCGACAAGUUUGUCUUUCCUGUCAAUUUCGCGAUUCUAGACAUGGAUGAGGACAAAAAUGUUCCACUUAGGUCACCCAUUCCUAGCCACUGCGAGAGCCUUGAUUGA